AUGUCUGUGUCGCAAUCAACAAAUCAAAGCGAAACCGGUCAAGACGAACAUGCAGACCAGGAUGCCAGCGCUCGGUCACGAAACCCAAACCUGACUCUUGAUCACGAAGGAAUUCGAUACGAGAGGUCUCAGCAAUUAAGAAGAAAUCGCUCAGCUGCUAAAGGAGUUGUUACUAAAAAGAUUAAAGAAUUGACCGAACUGACAACAAGUGUAAUAGACGCCAGCGAAGCUCGAAUAAAGGCUCAAGAAUUCAAGGACGUAGCAGUGAAAUUUUACCUCGCUAACGCCGAUUAUCAUGUAACGAUCAUGGACGAGUAUGAUUUACAAGACUCCGAAGAAUAUUUUCAUAACGAAACUCAAAGAAUCGAAGCUUUUAAGCGAACACUAGCGGACUGGAUUCAUAGUUUGUCAAACCCAAACCCGUCGCCAUUGGAGUGUGAAAUCAAUCCAAACGACUCAGUAAGCAAUGUUGGCUCCAAAACUCGGUCACGUCGGAGUACCAAAGGCUCGGUAUCAAGUUCUCGACGAUCCCGGGUUAGCUCGUCGGCGCAAAUUUCAAAGACGGCAGCAGCAGCAAAAAAGGCUAUGUUAACA